UUAUUUCUUUUCAAGUUGUGGUCUCAAUUACUUAGGUAUACCGUCUUACUGACGUGAUCGACAUAUUUUACUUCGCUGGAAGUAUUUUGCUCUAGUCAAAUAAAAUCAUUUAAAAAUUUAUAUAUUUCAUCAAAAUGAGAGAGAUUGUUCAUAUCCAAGCCGGACAGUGUGGCAAUCAGAUUGGAGCCAAGUUUUGGGAAGUGAUUUCUGAUGAACACGGAAUUGACCCUACUGGUGCAUAUCAUGGCGAAUCAGAUCUUCAACUUGAAAGAAUUGAUGUUUAUUAUAAUGAAGCUUCAGGUGGGAAAUAUGUCCCAAGAGCUUUGCUCGUUGAUCUUGAACCUGGAACUAUGGAUUCUGUGAGAUCUGGACCAUUUGGGCAACUCUUCAGACCAGAUAACUUUAUUUUUGGUCAAAGUGGAGCUGGAAAUAAUUGGGCUAAAGGACAUUAUACAGAAGGCGCUGAACUUGUUGACAGCGUUAUGGAUGUCGUCAGAAAAGAAUCAGAAGGAUGCGACUGCCUGCAAGGAUUCCAGCUUACUCAUUCUCUUGGUGGAGGUACUGGUUCUGGUAUGGGUACUCUGCUGAUUUCAAAAAUCAGAGAGGAGUAUCCCGAUCGUAUAAUGACCACAUUCUCUGUCGUUCCAUCUCCUAAAGUUUCAGACACUGUGGUAGAACCUUACAAUGCCACUCUUUCUGUACAUCAAUUGGUUGAAAAUACAGAUGAAACUUUUUGUAUUGAUAAUGAAGCAUUAUACGACAUCUGUUUCAGAACUCUUAAGUUAACCUCACCAUCUUAUGGAGAUCUAAAUCACUUAGUAUCUGCCACAAUGUCUGGUGUUACAACUUGCUUAAGAUUUCCUGGACAACUAAAUGCCGAUUUGAGAAAAUUAGCUGUGAAUAUGGUUCCAUUCCCUCGUUUGCACUUUUUUAUGCCUGGCUUUGCACCUCUUACUUCGAGAGGAAGUCAGCAAUAUAGAGCCUUGUCAGUUCCUGAACUUACUCAACAGAUGUUCGAUGCAAAAAAUAUGAUGGCUGCUUGUGAUCCCAGACAUGGUAGGUAUCUAACAGUUGCAGCCAUGUUUAGAGGUCGUAUGAGCAUGAAAGAAGUAGAUGAGCAAAUGUUGAAUGUUCAGAAUAAGAACAGUAGUUACUUUGUUGAAUGGAUCCCCAACAAUGUGAAAAUUGCUGUGUGUGAUAUUCCACCAAGAGGAUUAAAGAUGUCCGCAACCUUCGUUGGUAAUUCAACUGCCAUACAAGAAAUAUUUAAAAGAAUAUCCGAACAGUUUACAGCUAUGUUCCGCAGAAAGGCUUUCUUGCAUUGGUACACAGGUGAAGGUAUGGAUGAAAUGGAAUUUACAGAGGCUGAGUCUAAUAUGAACGAUUUAGUGUCGGAAUAUCAGCAGUACCAAGAAGCUACUGCUGAUGAUGAAGCUGAAUUUGAAAAUGAAGAAGAACCUAUCGAUGAACAAAAUUAAAAUCGUUACAUUUGUAUUUUGAAAUGUGUAUUAUUGUUCCAUUGAGAAUUAUUUAAGAAUAAAUUUUCAAGAAAAAAAUCGUCGCACUUAUUUUAAUUAUGUUUUUUAAGGAUUUAUAAUAUUAAUAAACAGUGUAUUAAAACUCA